CUACGAGUAGGGCGCUGGUCGGCUCCGAAACCCCGAAGAGGAGGAAGAAGAAGAAGAUUGUGGAAGAAAGUGGAGGUAGACUCACCAACAAACAACUAAGGCCGAGGCUAUUUGACUUAGCUAGGCGCAAAAAGAAGGAUCGUUACUGGUAAAGGGUGUCUAAAUUAAGGAGGACUUAAGUCCGGCAAAGUACGAAGAAAAGCCAGAACUUGUUGAAGAUAAAUAGAGAACGAAGCGAAAAAAAUGUCGUCUUCAGCGGUUGCUAAAACCUCUAAGUACACGUACCGCUCCACUGGCGGUGCGGGUACUGCAGAUGUUAGCAUCGAAUACAGCGCCGACCUGAGCGCUCUCACCAGACUCGAGGACAAAAUCCGCCUACUGCAGGAUGACUUAGAGUCUGAGAGAGAGCUGCGUCAGAGAAUCGAACGCGAGCGCGCUGAUUUAAGCGUGCAAGUCAUCCAACUAUCCGAACGUCUCGAAGAAGCCGAGGGUGGCGCCGAAUCUCAAUUCGAGAUCAACAAAAAAAGGGACACGGAACUGGCCAAGUUGCGUAAACUACUCGAAGAUGUCCAUCUCGAGAGCGAGGAAACCGCACAUCUUUUGCGCAAAAAGCAUCAAGAGGUCGUUGUCGACUUUCAAGAUCAGAUUGACCAACUUUCGAAAGCACGUGCCAGGGCUGACAAAGAAAAAUCUAAAUUCCAGCAGGAAGUGUAUGAACUCCUCGCUCAACUUGACAAUGUUACUAAAGAAAAGUUGAUGUCAAUAAAAACAGUUGAGAAACUUGAAAUACAUAUAUCUGAAUUGAAUGUUAAAAUCGAGGAAUUAAAUCGUACAAUUGUUGAUAUUACCAGUCAUAAAACUCGGCUGUCUCAAGAGAAUAUUGAAUUAGUCAAAGAAGUGCAAGAUCUUAAGGUAAACAUCGAAAAUGUUACUUAUCUGAAAACGCAAAUCGCGGGUCAACUCGAGGAUGCCCGUCGUCGUCUUGAAGAUGAAGAACGUCGUCGUUCAUUGAUUGAAGCUUCUUUACACCAGGUUGAGGUGGAAUUGGAAUCCGUUCGCGUCCAAUUGGAAGAAGAAUCUGAAGCGCGUUUAGAUAUUGAACGACAAUUAGUCAAAGCUAAUGGAGAAGUUCAGGUGUGGAGGUCAAAAUACGAGACCGAGGCUAAUGCUCGUAUCGAAGAGGUAGAAGAACUUCGUCGCAAAUAUUCUGCUCGCAUUCAAGAACAGGAAGAACAAAUUGAGACCUUGCUUGUGAAGAUUAACAAUCUUGAAAAGCAGAAAUCGCGCUUACAAUCUGAAGUAGAGGUUUUGAUUAUUGAUCUAGAAAAGGCCAAUGGAACUGCUCGUGAACUUCAAAAGCGUGUUGAACAUCUUGAAAAGAUCAAUAUAGAAUUGAAGACACGCUUGGACGAAACUCUUGCCAUGUAUGAGCAAAGCCAGCGUGAUCUCCGUAACAAGCAACAAGAACUACAACGCGUAAAUGCCGAACUCGAUAAGACCCGCGAAAUGAAAGAUCAAUUGGUCCGUGAAAACAAGAAACUUGGAGACGAUCUUAGCGACGCAAAGAAUCAAUUGGCUGACAUGAAUCGCAGACUCCAUGAACUGGAGUUAGAACUUCGUCGAUUGGAGAACGAACGUGAAGAAUUGGCUGCCGCCUAUAAGGAAGCUGAAGCAGGCCGCAAAAUUGAAGAGCAACGUGCUCAAAGAUUGUCAGCUGAAUUGAGCCAACUACGUCACGAGUUCGAACGUCGCAUUGCUGAAAAAGAUGAAGAGAUUGAAGCUAUUCGCAAACAAACCAGCAUUGAAAUCGAGCAGCUGAACGCCCGUGUGGUGGAAGCUGAGACGAGGUUGAAGACUGAGGUUCAACGUAUAAAGAAGAAGAUGCAGAUCCAAAUCACUGAACUUGAAUUGACCUUGGAUGUCGCUAACAAGAAUAACAUUGAUUUGCAGAAGACCAUCAAGAAACAAUCUCUCACUUUGACCGAAUUACAAGCUCAUUACGACGAAGUACAACGCCAGUUGCAAGUGACCCUGGAUCAACUGGGCAUCAGUCAACGUCGUCUCCAAUCAUUGACGGCCGAGCUCGAGGAAGUCCGCGGCAAUUACGAAUCUGCCCUACGCGCGAAGAGAACUGUCGAGCAGCAAUACGAGGAAUCGGUUAGUCGCAUCAACGAAUUAACUACGAUCAACGUAAACAUAGCUUCAUCAAAGGCUAAACUCGAGCAAGAACUGGCCACCUUGGCUGGAGAUUACGAAGAGGUCACUAAGGAGUUGAGAGUCAGUGAUGAGAGAUAUCAGAGAGUACAGAAUGAACUCAAACAUACUGUCGAGAUUCUUCAUGAAGAACAGGAGCGUAUUGUCAAGAUUGAGGCUAUCAAGAAAUCGCUGGAGAUAGAGGUAAAGAACUUGUCCGUCAGAUUGGAAGAGGUUGAGGCCAACGCCAUUGUUGGAGGCAAGCGCAUCAUCAGCAAGCUCGAAGCUAGGAUUCGCGAUCUGGAACUCGAGUUGGAUGAAGAAAAGCGCCGACAUGCUGAAACUGUAAAGAUACUGCGCAAGAAGGAGCGCAACAUUAAGGAGGUAAUGAUUCAAGUUGAAGAGGAUUCGAAGAACAUUUCCCUGCUGCAGGAAUCGCUUGACAAAGCUUCCCAGAAGGUCUGCCUCUACAAGAGACAGCUGCAGGAGCAGGAAGGCAUGUCCCAACAGAGCGUUACCAGGGUUCGCCGAUUCCAAAGAGAACUCGAGGCCGCGGAGGAUCGCGCCGACACGGCGGAAAGCAACUUGAGCCUGAUACGUGCCAAACACCGCAGCUUUGUCACCACUUCAACCGUACCCGGUUCCCAGGUGUACCUCGUCCAGGAGACGAGGCAGGAUUUGUAAAAUAAUCACCGCGUCACCUUAUCCUUUGCCACUUCGAACGUCAUGUCGUCGUCCUUUAUAAACGCACAUUGAACAUCUUACAAGAAAAAAAAAGAAAAGAAGACGCGACGACAACCAUCUUCCUAAAGAGGCCAAGAAAGAGAGAGAAAGAGAGAGAGAGAAAGAGAGAAUUUUCAACGGGCCGCACGACAUGUUAUUUUUGAGGGGUUUAAAUUGGAGCAACCAGAAUACGCACCUAUAGACAUAUAAAUAUCGUUGCAAGCACGGUAUUUACUGUCACGUAACGACCCGUUGUAAAUUCGAAAUUGCUUGGCCAACGAAAUGCGAUUAAUACAUCGCAACGAAAACAUUAAAGUAAAAAAAAAUUAACGCUCACUUUACGUUAUUUAUUCAAAGUAUCAAAAACGUCAAAAUUAAGAAGCAAUAUAUCAUUUAACAAAUAAAAUUUGACAAUCUUCUCGUCCUAAUUAUAUGAAUACAAUCGAACGUGAGGGCAGAGAAAAACGGAUAAGAAAAUAUUAAUGGCACUUUAUGCCAUUCUACUAUACGCGCGUGUCGCAAUUGUAUUUAAAUGAAUAAUUUUAAUUCUACUCUAUUACUAUAUAGAUAGGUAACUAUUGCCCAUAUAUACACGACUCUCACUGUACAACAUACACAAUAACCAGUGUCAACAUUAAUUUAAUAAAUAAAGUGAAACACGUACGUACGAAAA